AUUAGCCAGCGAACGCAUUGUUUCGCAGACGUGGUGAACGCGCGGCCCGUCUGCGGGUGAAUGGGCGGCGGAGUCCCGGAGCCCACGAACACGGCGAUGAGGGGCAACGUGUCGGCGUGAGGACGCGUCUUUGUUCGCCGCAGCGGAGCUCGUUCCCGGCGUGUCUCGUCAACCACCUACUUCGGCCCGUUAGCGCCGCUGUGGAGGGGUAGCCAUGGCAACCAGCGCCGUGCCAAGUGACAACCUGCCAACGUACAAGCUGGUGGUGGUGGGUGACGGUGGAGUUGGGAAGAGCGCGCUCACAAUCCAGUUUUUCCAAAAGAUCUUUGUGCCAGACUACGAUCCCACGAUAGAGGACUCCUAUCUAAAACACACAGAGAUAGACGGACAGUGGGCGAUACUGGACGUGCUGGACACAGCUGGGCAGGAAGAGUUCAGCGCGAUGAGGGAGCAGUACAUGAGAACGGGAGACGGCUUUCUUAUCGUCUUCUCUGUGACGGACAAGGCCAGCUUUGAACACGUCGACCGCUUCCAUCAGCUCAUACUACGGGUCAAAGACAGGGAUGCCUUCCCCAUGGUCCUGGUUGCAAACAAAGUGGACCUGGUUCAUCUGAGAAAGAUCACGUUGGACCAGGGACAAGAAAUGGCUGCAAAGCAUAGCAUAACUUACAUUGAAACCAGUGCCAAGGACCCUCCAAUGAACGUAGAUAAAGCCUUUCAUGAGCUUGUUCGUGUUAUAAGACAACAGGUGCCAGAGAGAAACCAGAAGAAGAAAAAGAUGAAAUGGAGGGCGGAACGUUCCACGGGUUCCCACAGGUUCCACUGCGCCAUAUUAUGACCCCGCUUGCCUUUUCAUCAUUCGUACAGCACACAGACACGCACACACACACACACACACACACACACACACUUAUAUUACACAAACAUAUACACAACCGCAUACCUUUUGGAUGUCAAAGAACUCCCAGUUGAUUCCUGGAGCACCCGAGGGAAGCGGGGACUUGACGCUUGCAUGUUUGGAUGGAACCCGGGAAGAAAGGAUGUAACAACGGCCUUGAACUGAGCGCUUUUAUCCUCCCUUCAGGUUCCUCUUUAACCGUCCUAUGUGCAUUCCACACAGAUCUACAGCAUGACUCAAACCUUGACUUAUUUAUCAAAUGUGGCACAAGGAAUCCGACUCUGGAGAAAACAACAGAUGACACAAUCACCCUGAUUUUGGAACUUUACUCUUCUUAAUAAAGGGAAGAAGACAGGGGAGACCCUCAAAGCAGUGCCUCACAUCUGACUCCAAAAACCUGCUGAACAUCACCUCUUAUGCUUUCUGGAAGAAAAGCACCCGCGUGCUCCCUGGAUUCGGCUCUUCUGUUCCCACUUCGUAGACUGGACAGGGAUGAGGGGGUGAAAAUCCGAGCGGCGGCCAUGACGGUUCUCUCUUACGUGGUGAAAAUAGAUGUCGUGCGGUGCUGUUGAGUGGACGGCGAGUCCUGUGAGUACGUGGUCAUGUGAUGCUCUGGUUGUGAAGUGUCCGUUCAGAGACGAUGGAGGAAUGUGUUGUAGCGAGCAGAGGAAGCUGUAUCAUAUCGGUCGACUGGUAAAUGCUCUGAUCAGUGUAUUGUAAUUAUGAAGGAUAUUAAAAGGGCCAAUGCAAGUGGUUGGACUUAAAUGGAAAUGUAACAGGACCCUCGAAUGACACAAUAUUUUCCCACAUAUAUAUGAAAGAAUACAACAGUUACCUUUCUGCAAAAGCUACUAUUUAAAAAGAAGAAAACAUUUAUUGCAGAUUUAUGGUUCCCUCUCCUCAGCGGUUGCAAUCCUUGAUUAGCAGCAACACGAACAACAGCCCUCAUUGUUUUUUUUUUGUUUUUUUUUGCCUUAUGAGUCUUACUAAAUGAGUAACCUUUUGUUUUGUAUCUAAAAUUAGGGAAAAAUACAGUUUUAUUUCAUAUAUGUAUAAUCUUUGCAGUUUUACAAAGGAGCUGUAGGAAAUCCUUCAAGAACCAGAAUAGGCUUUGGAAUUAUGAACCGUUUCACGCGUGAAACAAGCUGGAGAAGCUGAUUUGCACUGGUCGCUAACCAAAACAAUGUGAUGUCACUUUACUCCACGGGGGCUUUUCAGCGUUCAGGGCUCAGGCUGGAGAGUCGUGCUCAGAUAAGGGGGUAUGUGCUGUAUCUGCAGAGCAGUUAGAGGGAACAAAGCUCCUAGGGUUUAAAGCCAUGUUAACGUGCUGUCAGUCGGUGGGCAACCGUGCACACAGAACAACAUGCAUCGAGUAUCAUUAGGUUGUGGUCCGGAGCUGGAGAGAAAUGUACAGUUUAUUAACCUAUGAAAUGGCUCGUACUGUUACCGCUUCAACGGGGAAACUUCUCUUGUUGUCGUCUGGAAAGAUUCCGGUCUCCUGAAGGAAUACAUUUUUGCACUUUUUUAAUAUGAAGUUCACACUCCUGUCGGCUCGUCGUACGAAGGAAUUGGAUGCAAAAAUGAAAUGACAUGGCGAAUGAGCGGGCGAUGGGAGGUGGAGCCUCUGUGUAUGCUGAAGGAAAGGUUCCAGGAGGUGUGGGGGGAGGAAUCAGCCUCAUCAAAGAUGGAGUCACGCGUUCUACAUCACCUUCAGUUAAAGGCUCUUCAUGAAGAACACGUGGACGCACUGACCACGCGGCGAUGAUGCACCAGAAUGUGGGGAACAAAAAAGGAAAAAAAAAAGCGUUUGACAGUGUUGCAUCAUGUAUGUUUGAUACCAUUUUGUAUUAUUGAUAUGAAAUAUUGAUAUGAUUCUUGCAAAAUGUUUUUUAAACAACUGAAUAAUUUAUUAUUGUCUGUUACCUCAGCGUGUCCCAGACCUGGACAAAAAAAACUAAACUCCUACGUGGUUUCCUGUUUUUGUCCUUUGGGGCUGUCAGUGGUUCAGAGGCCUUUUGCCUUUGAGCCACGAUUUAGUGGACCAAGAAGAAGGAAGCGAGCGAGUCCCGAGUACAAAAGGCUUAAGGACCUUUGAUUCCGAGCAGUUUGUCAUCAACUUGUAAUUUAUUAAGUGACGUUUUGCUUGUGUGUAAUUUCACGUUCUGGAGUAUUUCGUACCUUUGGGGCAGUCACGCCGGCAGACAUCAGAUCCGUCUUAAACUCAGAGUGGAAGCGUUUUCCUGGAGCUCAAAUAUUUUCUGUCCGGGUGUCUAUUGACUUUUUCUUGACUAUUAAAUGAAGCACUCUUUUUUUUUUCAGAGAGGUUUUCAUCAAACCUCAUUGUUGAGGUGAUGCAGUGUUUGCAUUGCUGAAACUUUGCCAUUACAACAGUCGUGUUUAACUUUCCACCAGUCGUGUGCUGAUGUGUUUUGGACAGGUCUGUCGUGUUCUAACUGGCUGUGUCGGACUGAGGAGCUAGACGAGGCACAAACUAGCUGUGGCCUUUCCAUCUAGCCUCAGGGGUUGAUUAUAUUUCAAUAAAAAAAAUCAAGUAUUGUGA